AUGUCGCUCAAGAAGAUAACGUUUAAGCAGCGCACUCGCAGGAACGAGAUGAAGGAGCGACACCACGUCUCCUCUGAGGUGCGUAAGCGCAUGCGCGCGGCGAAGCGCCGACACAAUCGGUACGAUCACAUCGACAGUGGAUCACGGCCACUGGAGGCGCUAGUGGAGGAAAUUGCAGCAGGAUCCGCAGCACCGACUCGGGAGGUGACGUUUGAUCCACGAAGCCUCACUGAUCUUCUUCUGCGCCCCGUCGAGGGGGACAAGGGUGACAAGAACAACAAAAAACGACUUGCGCUGCCGGAGGCGCCUCUCCCAGAAGAUCAUCCGCUCAGCUUGCCAAAGGUGCAGCUGGACGAGGGGGAUGCUGCCAUAGACGGAAAAGACACUUCCAUUAUGCCUAACAAGAAUCAGUACCGACACCACGGUGACCCUUAUCUCUUUUGGGAACGUGUGGGUUUGCAUCCGUUGCUGCUAAAUGCCCUGAAGGCCAUGCGUUUUGCCCAUCCGACGCCUGUGCAAGAAGAAGUUCUCCCCAGCGUUCUUUUACAGGGUGCCGGUGAAGAGGCGGUAUUGGGCACUGCAUCAUCCAAGAAGGGGAGCAAAAAAGAGCGUGGGGGCAGGAAGGACGUCAUUAUUUCGUCGGAAACAGGAAGUGGAAAAACUUUGGCAUUUGCACUACCUAUCCUGCAUCAAAUCCUCUCCCAAUUGCCCUCGAGCGAGAAUUCUGUCAAUAAUGAGAUGGAAACCGAUAAAUGUGACGGGAAAGGUGAGGGCAAACGGAAUACGAAAAAACCCUCCAAGAAGGUAGUAUCAAGAGACAAAAAGGUUAGCUCGUCAAAAGAGGGUGGCACAACCGACGAAACUAUGAUAAAUAAUGAUGCGAAAAACAACGAUAGCAGAAGUCGAAAGAGGGCGCGGGACGAUACCGCGGGAAAGGAUGAGGAAUCAUCAUCUUCCACUAAACUGUCCACUGUUCCCAAAGAACGACUGAUGCAAGCCCUUAUUAUAUCCCCUACCCGUGAACUGGCUCUGCAAAUCAACGAGGCCUUUCUUCAGCUAACUCAGCAUGCACGACAUGUAGUUAUUGGCUGCGUCGUCGGUGGUAUGGCUCCAGAGAAGCAGCAGCGCGUGUUGAAUCGCCACCCGCAUGUAUUGAUAUGUACACCAGGUCGACUUUGGGAGCUUGUUCAAAAGAAUGAGGGUUGUUAUCUUGGUCACAGUAUCAGCCGCCGUCUUUCAUUUGUGGUGCUCGAUGAAGCAGACAAACUUCUUCAAUCCGGUCGCUUUGAGGAGCUGAAGAAUUUAUUGGAACGUAUUCACUCUGAGGUGUUGCCUGCCGGUUUUCUGCAGAAGCGUGAGGAGCGGGCUGAGGCAGCAGAGCUGGAACUAGAAGCGGGUCGCUGGGACGACGAGGCACAAAAAUUUGUGCCAUUCUCCAAAAAUAAGGAAAAGGACACCAACGCGGCCGCAGAGCCUUAUGAAGAACAGCAGCAGCGUCGACGGAAGGACGUCCCACGCCCCAUUCCAAUGCCACCCAACCCAGCAGAAGGUCAUCGCACUGUCACAUUUGUCACCAGUGCCACACUCUCGCUUCAGACGAACUACGAGCGGAAAGAUCUUCGGGCCAAAAAGACGGUUAUCCGCACAACAAACGCCGACACCAUGGCGACAGUACUUCAGAAGCUGGAGAUUAAGCCCUCAAAUGCCAAAGUAUUUACCUUCUCACCCAAGGCAGAUGUUACGGCGAAGAUACAAGAAACGUAUCUGCGUUGCCCAGGUGAUAGCAAAGAUCUCUAUCUCUAUUACUUCCUCAAGAUGUACCAUGAACGCACAAUUGUGUUUGUGAACGCUAUAUCUAUGCUUCGUCGUCUGGUGAAGCUUCUAGAGGUGCUUGGCAUUCCAGUGGCAGGUCUGCACGCCUCGCUUCAGCAGCGACAGCGUUUGAAGUACAUUGACAAGUUUAGGAAGGGUGAAAAACGUGUGUUAGUGGCGACAGACAUUGCCUCCCGCGGCUUGGACGUUGAUGGACUAAAACAUGUAAUUCAUUUUCAAGUCCCUCGUUCAACGGAUGCUUACAUUCAUCGUUGUGGUCGUACGGCGCGUUGUGGCGGCACUGGUCUUUCGAUUUUGAUGAUCAGCGCUCAGGAUCACAUGUCCUUCCAAAAGCUGAUGGUGUCACUUGGACGAGGCACUAACGAAAUGGAGAUGUUUGCUCUUCAACCUGUCAUUGUGCAUCAGCUUCAUUCGCAUGUAAAGGUGGCGAUGCAGAUUGACAAGUUGCAGAAGGAGAUUGACAAGUCGCGGGCGCGGAAUAAUUGGGUACACCGUAUGAGUCGUGAGGCGGAUAUAGAGGUGGAUGACAUGGUUGAUGACGAGGCGGACAAUGAAAAUCGGGCAAAAGAAAAGGCUAUCAAGGUGCUCCAGAAGAGGUUGGAACUGCUUGUCAAAAAGGAUAUGGGUACGGCAGGUGGCAAGGGUGGAUUCCGAACCAGUGCGCAGGCCCUUGGGACAAGGAAGGCCGAGUCCAAACUGGUUGAGCGUGCCACCAUGCAGGUCACACAGGCGAGAAAGAAGAAGAAGCAUACACGCAAGGCCCAUGCGUAA